AACAAAAUGGCGGCCUCAACGCCAGACGAUGCCUCUAAAAUGUCAUCCCAUUCGGCUGAAAAUCCUACUAUUCGUUCUCUUCAAGCAGACGAUAUGAGUUCAAUGCUUGCUUUAUCGCGUGGUUCCUCUGCCAAGAGAUCAUUGACUCCUGUAAUAACGGACAGAGAAUCGUCUUUUACGAUGGACUUUGAUGAGUACAAGCCAUCUCUUGCAGACCAAGUGAGGAUAGGAUAUUUCAGUCAGGAUAGAUCAACACARACUGAAACUAGUGACAUUAUUCAAUUGCAACAAAUGACAAAUGUUAUGCGGCAGCUGGUAGCAGAUUUGGACACUAUGAAAAGAAAUAUACAUUACGCAAAGUACAUCCUUAAAGCUGAGUAUGAAAACCAACUACAGGAGCGGUCCUUAGAUUUAUAUUGUAGAGUCAAUGAAAGAUUACUGGAACUUGAAAAGGAGCAUCAAAAGAGAGUACAAGUAAUGAGAAGGUGUUUCAGACAACAGUUAGGUGAUGCAAUUAGUGAAGUAGCCAAGAAACAUAAGACACACUACCAAAAUAAAAGAAAAGAAGAAAAUGCUAAAAUGGCUGAAAAAUUGGAUAAAGUGAAGGGUGAUGAUGAUGAGCAUAAGAAAGCAAAACAGCAACAAGAAAGUAUCUUGGAAAUGAUGAGGAUGCAGAUGAGAGAAGCUCAAGAAAGAGCUGAUGCUCAGUUGCAGGAAGCAYURGAAAGAAGAGCAUCCCCAUCAAGUGUAGCCACUGAUCCAGAGAUUUAUGAAUUAAGAGAUGAGGUCGCAAAUCUGGAGAAAAGACUAGAUGAUGCAUUAACAGAAAUAGAAGACAAAGAAAAUGAAAACAGAAGACUAGCUGCAGAUGUAGAAAUAAUUAAUGAACAGCUACAUCAAGAAAAGGAACAAUCACUCAAGUUUAAAAAAGAUCUGUCAGAGGCUCUUUUAAAUGCAGARCAAGAAAGAAAUCGCAUGAGAUCUGAGAUGGAAAGGCAAAGAGUAGCAUUGCAAAAUGAAAUGGAAUCGCGUAUCCAUGACACUAGAAAAAGCAGCAUCAAGCAACCAGCAAAUACUCUUCUUGCUGAAUCUCAGAAAGAAGUGGAAAAGCUAAAAAUGCUUCAUGACCAAAAGUCCAAAGAAAGAGACAUGCUAGAGCAACAAAGACUUGAACAACUUUCCAAAGUUGAGCAACCUACCAUAAACUACAAGACAUAUAAACCUGUUGCACUUUGGCAAAAAGAAGACAUAAGUGAAAGUGAAAAAGACGAACUUUUGAAACGUCUUCAAAAGAUCGAAAAGAAGCAAAGAUUCGAAAUUACAAGAUUACAAAAAGAACUUGAUAGGGCCAAUAAGACUUGGGAGAUGAAGGUCACAAUACUUCAACAAACUAUGCAUGCUAUCAGAGAUGAGAGUUUCUUAAGAACAUCGUUACAGAGACAAGCUGCCAAGCUGCAACAUGCUGCUGUAGUGUACGCGAGCACUGGGCCUGCUGUUAUCCCUCUAAGCACUCCUCACAGGCCGUCCAAAACCUUGCGAACACUGCCCGCCAUAAGACCAGGUCGAGUAGAGGGAUUUGGCAAAAUAUUAGAGGGAAAGCGUAUUGGAACACCAUUCACUGAAGAUCGUUAUUCACCACCACCAGUUAACGAUGAAGAUCAACAGUCAGAAAACCAGCAAAGURAAAGCAUCAGCAUUACAGAUAAUCCCGUCGCUGUGGCAAGCAGUGCAUGACGGGAUUGAUCGGGUUGAGAUAUGUAAAUAGACUGUASUUUUGCACUAGUAUUAAAACAAUUAAUUUAUA